CCCCCUCUUCAACCAUUUAAACCCAACCACCACCUUCACCACCACCACCGCAAAACAGUCCACAGUACACCGUACACAGAGUAACAUCUAAAAUUUCUUAUUAUUAUCAUUAUUCUCAGUAAACUAGCUUCUCGAGAUCACCAAAUUAUUCUCUACGUCAACCGUUUUUUCUGGAUCUGAAAACGAAUCUAACUUUUUUUUUUUCUCAAUUAUUGAAGAAACAAAACGAAUUCAUUCCGAAUUGGUGAAAUGAAUCUCUCGUGAUCUACAAAAAGAAUUUGCAGAUUAGAUGAUAUUGGAACUAUUUGUAACCUAAGUUGAAUUUUGAGAUAAUGGGACGAGUAGGAAGAGAUUGGACUCAGAUCUACACAAUAUACGGUUUGGAAGACUGGCACACACCGAUAUUUCUACUGAUCCACGCAAUUGUAUUCUCUGCAUCAUCAAUAACGUUUUUAUUACACUUCAACUGGAUCUGCAACUCGUUUGAGUAUUUUUUUCCUUCAUUAAGUUUCGCCAGAUUUGCCGCCGGCUUCACCGGCUCCGUCAUGGCUCUCUCCGCCGUCUGCCUCUUCUACGCCGCCGGCAACAUGUUCUACUCCUCCGUCGCUCUCCGCUGGGACAUGGCACAACGCAUGCUCACCGCAGUUCAUGACUGGUCUGCCGUGAAGACUGUUCUCGACGUCGGCUGUAGCCGCGGCAUCCUGUUAAACGCCGUUGCGAUGGAGCUAAAAAAAGAAGGCAGCUCCGGCAGAGUCGUAGGGUUAGACCGGAAAAACACGACGUUGUCGACGCUUCGUACGGCCGCGAUUGAAGGCGUGCAGGAAUACGUCACGUGCCGUGAAGGUGACGCACGGCGGCUUCCGUUUCCGGAUAACUAUUUCGACGUGGUGGUAUCGGGAGGGUUUGUGCAUAAAGUGGGGAAAGAGUUCGGAUCGAAAACGGCUGCGGCGGCGGCUGAGCGGAUGAGGGUGGUGGGGGAGGUGGUUAGGGUUUUGAAGGAGGGAGGGGUAGGGGUGGUGUGGGACCUUGUACAUGUACCGGAGUAUGUACUCCGGUUACAGGAGUUGAAGAUGGAGGAUAUCAGAGUGUCGGAGAGAGUAACGGCGUUUAUGGUUAACAGUCAUAUUGUGUCGUUCCGUAAGCCCAGCCAGCAUGUGAUUGGUCCCAGUGAAGUGAGAUUGGAUUGGAGAUUCAGCAAUAUCUUUUGAGUUUUUUACAAUAUCCGUUUUUUUUUUCCCUUUUUUAAAUGGAAAAAAAUAUAAAUAUAAUACACAUAAAUAAAUGUGAGAGUCUGGUGAAGCAAAGUGGAACCAGGAAGCUUAAUAGUUAAUAGUGAAAAGGCUUGUCUUGUAAUUUAUUUAUUUAAGGUUAUGAAUGAAUGAAUUACUGAGUA